CUCCGCACUCACAACCCGAGGACUGACUGAAGCCGCAGACCUCAAGUUCCCACUGGGUUACAACCUUUCUACCCACCAUCAGCUGCGCCUGGCAUCCCGCAUCUCGUUCAUUAUUUUAGGCUCGCCCUAUCAAGAUGCUGGAUCACAACAAGUCAUUUCCAGCCUGGCCAUGGGGCAGAGAAACAAUCAAAACAAAAGAACAAAAAGAGCCUGCCUGCCUGUCGUUCUCUUCAUUCUUUACGCCCCGUCGGAAUGCCUAACCUUAUUUACAUUACACGCGAGACCGACGUUAAGGGGUCUGACAACAACAAGUGAUAUUCUAACCUGACGCCUUCCACUUUGUCUUUGUCUUCUACCUACUUCACUCAGGGCUCGGUCUGUCUCAAGAGCCCACGGUACCAUACAUGCUGCCGAUAUCAACCCGCACGAUGCCCAGCGUCAUCGGUAUCCUAUUCUGUCUGUUGUUCGUUACUGCGGCCAGAGCGCAGGACAUCCUCCUCUUUGGUGACAACGGUCUUCCGGAUUGCGCACAUGCCUGUGAGGAUCUCUACUCGGCACAAUAUGAUUGCCAGAAUGUCGUGAACAGCGUAGCUUGCUUUUGUGAGAGCAGCUUUAUCACCACGAAGUCGAAGGAUUGGAGAUGCGAUGAGGCUUGCACCAUGGAGAGCGAGAGGGAGAAGGUUGUCACCUUUCUGGCGGCAACAUGUGGAGGUUGGGAGGGUGUUGAGGUCGAGGAAACUGUCGACAGCAAGGUUGAGGAUAUUGUCGAUCGGAAGGACAAUGGCACAGCUGUACCCAGCGGUACAAACUCCACCACGACCGCUACUCCAACUACUACUACUACUACUACUACUACUACUACUACUACUCCCGUCGCUCCCGCCGACGAGCAAGCCGGGAAUGAACCAGAAAUCCCGAAGGCAACGAACUGGCCGCGCAAAAACUGGCCUUACUUCCUCGCCAUCUUCCUCCUCGUUGCCUUCACAGCCUUGGCCUUCGUCUUCGCUGGGCCAGUACGAAAGUACGCUCGCCACCAGAUCGCCAAACACCACACACAUAAAUCUGGAGAGGGUACCUCACCUUAUUGGGAGGCGUCGACGUCCCACCUCUCCAGAUUCUCUAGCGAAUACCCUCCUACCCGGCACUCGGCUGCACCAUCAUCACGCGGCGGCAAUGCAGCGGUGAGAGCACCUCUACGAGGAGGGAAGGAUAUCGAGAGGCAACGGCUCUAUGAAACCAUGAGGCCACAGACUAUCGGGGUUUCCACUCCACCGCCUAUACGCACGCUAUUUGCAACACGAGCGGCGUCGGAGAGCAGUAGGACACACGAAAGCUGGGUGCAGAGAGUGCGGAGGAGAUAUGAGGAAGGAAUGAGAUUUUCUGAGAAAGGGUCGAGACUGGCGUUCUGGAGGCGGAGCGGUAGCGAAAAGAACGCCUCGAGCGAUGUUGUGUGAUUGAUGUGUUUCCUGGGUUGGGUUGGUGUUAUGGGAUGUUUCUCCUUUCAGCGAGGGUGUUCUUGGUUUCUGGGGUAUAGUUAUACUGGGACUCACACCUAUGGUGGGAUCUUACGGGUGAUAUAUCAUGCUAUGCAUAGCUAGAAGCUGUUGAAUAAAGAUCGCCUUUGCGCAUGUGGGACAA